UCGUGUCCGAAAGAAGGGAUAAUAAUCGACUUUGAAUUCUGGAAGAUGGGAAGUCUCACCACCCAUCAGGAUCUCGAAUCCCCGCCAGGUAUAUAAAAGUCACCUCUGUCAUGAUCUCGUGUUUAGUUUCAGAAAGCAGCAGUCAUCGCCUCUUUCACAAUGAAGAUUUACAUUGUAGCGGCAGUUGUAUUCCUGGCUGGAUUGUCGGCGGCUCGUCCCCAAUUAAAGGAAGGACAAAUGUUCAGCAAUGAGGCGAUUCGACAAGCGCAGGAAACUUAUUUAAUUCCAAAGGAUGCUGCGAUACAAAAUGUUCAGGAGAGUCAUGAAUUGCGCGCCUAUGAAUCAAUUCCCGGCAAUCAGAGAAUUAAUUUAUUUGAAAUUUUAGGCGAUCAAGUGCCACCCGAGGUCGUUAAUAAUCUUCAAAGUCAAAUCGAUCAAAUCGGAAAGAAUAAAUAAGAAUUAUUUUUAUUUAUUCAAUUUCGCUGAUUAAUUCGUUACUAUCAUUUUUGUUGUUUUUGUGAUUAUGACGUUAUUUUAAGUGAUGUAUAUAUAAAUUUAAUUUUUUUACACUUUUUUAAAAUAAAAAAAAUUUUUACAAUAA